AUGAAAAGGCCCCCGUUCCCUAUUCAUGUGGCGUCGCACUACAUCCCAGAACAGCCAAUUAGGUCCUUCUCAAUAGGCCGGUGCAUUCUCUAUGGUUGUGGAGCGGGCCUGUUUGGCGUCGCGGCCAUGACGGUUGGGAAAAGAAUCGAGCAAUAUUUCACCGGCAGCCCGAGUUCAUAUGUCCCAGGCCAUACAUUGGAACGGUUUUUGUCGCUCCCGGCUCGACCUGAUUCAGAGCGCUUCGGACUGAACAUGGCGAUGCACUACGGCCAGGGAGCUGCUGCUGCGAUUAUCAGAGCCCUUAUGAGCGCGAACGGCAUUCGUGGGCCGUUUUAA